UUGUUCGCAACCAUCCGAUUCAAAUACAAAAAUGUUAGUAUUACAGAAUUUCAUCAAUGGUGAAUUUCUAACUGCCAAAGCAACCGACUUUAUUGAUGAUUAUAAUCCUUCAAUUGGAAAGGUGUACGCAAAAAUCCCCGACUCUUCAGAAGAGGAAGUUAAUCUUGCGGUAGAAGCCGCUCAAGCCGCGUUUCCCGAAUGGUCCAAAACACCAAGAGCCGUUCGUUCUCGAAUAAUGUACCGGAUAGCCGAUAUCCUUGAGUCUCGGCUAAAAGAAUUCGCUGAAGCUGAAGUUCGCGAUCAAGGCAAAACAAUUAAUUUUGCUACCAAUGUCGACAUCGCCAGAUCUGUAUAUAAUUUUAGGUUUUUCGCCGGUCAUAUUUUACAUAUCGAGGAGAAAGCAAAUUUUUUAGAUGGUGUCGCACUCAACUAUGUUCAGAGGAAUCCUGUCGGCGUUGCAGGGCUAAUUGCGCCGUGGAAUUUGCCUCUUUAUUUAUUGACGUGGAAAUUGGCCCCUUGCAUCGCGGGUACUAUUUGUUUAACAUGGAAUGAUUUUUUGAAUUCUUCAAAGGUUAAGAAGACUAACAUUCUGUUUAUGGUUUCCUACUCAGCCGGUUGCACUUGUGUUUGCAAGCCUAGUGAAUUAACAAGUGUUACCACAUUCAUGUUGUGCUCCGUUUUGAAGGAAGCAGGAUUACCGGAUGGAGUUGUUAAUAUAGUCUUCGGCACCGGCGCAAGGACCGGACAGGCCCUUGUGGCUCAUCCUAAGGUUCCGCUUAUAUCAUUCACCGGAGGAACAAUUACUGGUAGGAAGGUAAAUGUUACCGCCUCUUCCUUCUUCAAAAAAGUCUGCCUUGAACUUGGCGGAAAAAAUGCAAGCAUUAUUUUUGAGGACUGUGAUUUCGAGAAAGCAGUUGAAACAAGUAUAAAAGCAUCCUUCAGCAAUCAAGGAGAGAUUUGUUUAUGCUGUUCUCGAAUAUUUGUCCAAUCAUCCAUCUAUCGCAAGUUUCUCGAUGCAUUUGUGCCCAAAGCUUCAAGUUUGAUCGUUGGAGAUCCUAGUGAUCCAAAUACACAGGUAGGAGCUUUGGUUAGUAAGGAACACAUGGAAAAAGUGCUUGGGUACAUUGAAUUAGCAAAAUCGGAGGGUGGAGUUAUCGAGUGUGGCGGCCGAAGGAAACUAAUGACCGGUGAGUUCAACGAAGGGUAUUUCGUUGAACCAACGGUUAUCACCAAUGUUUCGCCAUCCAGUCGAGUGGCUCAAGAAGAAAUAUUUGGACCAGUUGUCACCGUCCAUCCGUUUGAAACCGAAGAACAAGUUAUUAAGUUAGCUAAUGAUAGUCCUUAUGGCUUAAGUUGUUCUGUUUGGACUGAAAAUGGAAGUCGUCAACGCCGCGUUGCCGAGAAUAUCUAUGUUGGUACAUGUUGGGUCAAUUGUUGGAUGGUGAGAGAUUUGAGUAUGCCUUUUGGUGGAAUGAAACAGAGCGGUCUCGGGAGAGAAGGCGGAGAGUGGUGGAUGUCAUUUUUUACUAAUAUGAAAACCAUUUGUUUGGCUAAAUAA